UUACGCGACGCCUGUCAACGCAAUCCAUCGUCUCCUUGUUAUGAGUGCCCUGUCUCUUCUCCGAGUUGCGACUCCCGAUGGCCGCUCUGCAAGACCACCGCUUCUUCCCGAAACCCCUCGUUCCUCUCUGCUUCCCUGCUGCUCAUCUGCGCAGCUCUGUGCCCCUCGGCAUCUCGAUCCAUAAGGCCAAGUCAUUGGCCCAGAUUCCACCUCCUGAUGCUGCAAAUCCCCUCCGGAAUCUGUUCUCCGCCCGAAAGAUCCCAACUUUCUCCGGAAACCCUGAAGAGCAGACUCUUAGGAUCCAGGUUUCAUCGGAAAAGGCUUCACCUUUGUCGAGAAGUCUACGUUCCCUCAUCCGUUUUCGCAAAACCGCCCAUCGCCCCGUUUCCCUGUUUGAUCUCUUAUCUUCUAUUGAUCUCCAGGUCUCAACCCAAAAGAUUGCUUCUUGCUCGAGAAUUCCAUCUUUCCGUCACAGUUUUGCAUUGCUACUUUCUGCUUUUUCUUCUCCUUUCCCUGCCAACGCAACCGACUCGGAGCAGGUCUCGCAGAAGAUCAACAUAGAACAUAUUCUUGUAUCAAUCGAUGAUUUCUUCAACCGGAAUCCAUUCUUCGUAGCGGGGGUUACCGUCAUCUGGCUUGUCCUGAUACCGCUGACACAAGAGUACCUCAAGAAAUACAAGUUCAUCAGCGCAAUCGAUGCCUUUCGGAAACUUAGGGACAUGCCCAAUGCCCAACUACUGGAUGUGAGGAAGAGGCAGAGCGUCAAGUUCAUGGAUUCGCCAAAUUUGAGGAUUUUGAACAAGAAUGUGGUUCAGGUGGAGUAUUCUGAUGGAAACGAAGAGGGUUUCAUCAAGGAGGUUCUGCGGAAUUUUGAAGAUCCAGGAAAUACUGUCAUCUGUGUUCUUGACAACUUUGAUGGUGAUUCUCUUAAAUUGGCUGAACUGCUUUACAAGAAUGGUUUCAAGGAGGCAUAUGCAAUUAAAGGUGGACUCAGAGGGAAGGAUGGAUGGCAGGCAAUUCAGGAAACCUUUCUUCCACCCUCUGUGCAUGUUCAUCCAAGGAAAAAGAGCAUGGAAUCAGCAGAAACAGAGGCGAACAACCAAAUGAUGAAUGACCAGAUUGUGGCUUCUUCCAGCAAUCACCAUGACAAGAACUUGAACAUGGACAAUGGUUUUGUAGAGCCUACAGAAACUAUCUCAACCGCAAAGCUUAAUCCAGAAAGACCGUUGUCACCCUAUCCGAAUUAUCCCGAGCUCAAACCGCCUUCUUCUCCGUCUCCAUCAAAGCCUCAAAGUUGAAGCUGCUUGCAACUCGGUACACAUUCUUUGCCUUCAGUAGGCUUUUUUCUGGGUGGAUUAAAAGGAUGUCUUUUUGCUGAUAUACAAUGAAUCAAAGAAGCAAGCAAGCACAAGGUGGUGAAAAUUGGAAGAACUUUGAAGCUACUAUUUUUCCUUUUAAAGGAAGCAAAUAUAUUAAGGAGAAAUAGAGGAAGACACAGUAACACUUGUCCGGAGGAGAUCAAACAACUCUCACUCAUCGAUUGCUCCAAAAUCAGUUAUAUUUGCUCACUCAUUUACGGGAAAGCAAAGAAUUUGUCUGAUCACUUCAGCAACGAGGCGUUGGUGGAAAUCUUGACGGUUAGCCCAAUGGUAAAAAAGAAGUGAUCAUCCUUUGAAUGGAGCUCAAGUCAUGGAAUUUGACUCCUGUUUGGUCCAAAUCGCAGAAACUUAGAAUGUGAUCGAGCAACAUCGACAGAAGCAGCGUGCUCAGGUUUUAAGAAAAGGUCGUGACGCCACUACUAGCCCCCCUUACGGACAACGAAAAGCUUGGACAUACAUCAUCGACUUCAGAAACCAUUUCUUCCGGAAAACAGAUCUUACUGCGAUACAGCCUAACCAUAAGAUCAAAGCAAACCAGAAUGGCGCAUGAUUAAUCCGCAAUAGAACAUUAUCCGAAGGAUCACGAGAGCUCAAAGAGGAGAUCAUGAAGAAAUGCGAGCAAAGAGAUGGAUCGAAAAAUAGAUCAGAGAAGGGCGUCAGCCGAUAUGUACCUUCUCUUUCCAAUUGGAGUUCAGGAACGCUCUUCUUCGCCGAUCUCCGCCGCUGGAUGGCGAUUCCUCCGCUACAUGUAGCAAUCUAACGCAGUCUUGAAAUCCAAGUUCGCGAGGGGGAUUAAGAUCAAAGAUCGGCCCCGAUAUCAGACCACCACACCGCGGGUUGCGAAACCAACCUAUGCUAGUAUAUGAACACCGUGAUCAGCUUACCGUUUCGGAACUCGGCAACCCUUUUUUUUCUUUUCUUUUCCUUCAGAAUUUAAUAUUUAGUGGGAAAUUUGUCGUCUCUCUUUCAUAUUUAUUUUCACUUAUAUUUUCUUCGACGCAUUUUCUAUAUCUCUGUAAUAUAACUAUUGCGAAAAAUAAAAAUAAUUUGAAGAAAAAGAAUCACAGUCCGCUUUAAAAGUUGAAAUAUCCUAAGGCGGUGACCGCACCCGUGCCUGGACUGUGCUGCCCAGAUAUGUAGCAUGAUCGGGCUUCUCUCUCUCUCUCUCUCUCCACAAGGAGCAAAGAGGAGAUGGCCAAGUCGUGUAAAGGCCUGGCGAUGGAGCUCGUCAAAUGCCUCAGCGAAUCCGAUUGCGUGAAGGUCGACAUGAGAGCACGGAUACGUGGGAACAAAGGCUACUAGAUAAAGUUCAUUUUUACCUGAUACAAGCUUUCUGCCUGGUGUCUUGAAAGCUUUCUUUGUUAGGAUGAGAAGGGUUGUUUUAAGCAGCUGGAACUCAAGUUAAUAAAGUCAAACAAUUUAGGACAGACCUAUCUGGCUUACAUGCAAUCUUUCUGUGUAUGUCAACCUUUGUAAUGGAUUGUUUUACGUAGGGCGAUAAGUACUAUCUUGCUAUUGACUGUGAUCUCGAGUAGUUUAUGGGGACCAUUUUAUGCUAAUGAUUCCCAUGUCUCUGGUUAUGUGUUUGGUAUAAUAAUAUAGUAUGAUCUUCAAAUU